UAAUUAAGUUUAAAUUAAUUGACAAUUUUUCUAUAUCUCAAAUAAAGAGAAAUUAUACGCUAUGAAUACUAUACAAUAAGUGUUUUGCUUAGCAUUAAGGUUUUGGUGAACAGUAUGACUAUAACAUAUAGCUUUUAAUAAAUAAAUAAACAAUUAGAUUUUGGGACACAAGUUAUUCGUAAAAAAUGUAUAACACUGUUUUCUUUACUCGUACUUAACGAUCAUAGGUCUAAACCUAUGAUCGUUACUGAUACCGGGUAAGCAUGGGAUGGAAAGAGAAAUCUGUAUUAACACAAUUCCUCCUGGUAGUACAUGGGGCAUCGCAGACUAGCUAGAAUCGGGACCAACCUAAACAAUGUUGGAAUAGCAAUUCUAUUUUUGCUUAUGUUUAAUAGUAGACAUUAGUUGUGAAAUUAGAUUUCGACUUGUUAUCGAUACGAAAAAAUUCUUCCUGUUUACAAGAAUUUUUUAGUUAGUAGAAAGCAUCACUGACGAAUACUGCGAUUCAGAUUUAUACCAGCCACCGAAUGAAUCGAUCAAUCCUUAUCGCAAUUAGAAACAAUGUUUUACGAGCGCUUGUUCAUUAUGAUUUCCGUAAACAAUGAGACAAUAUUAUUUUUUUCCCUGACUGCGACUUCUAUCCAUGAAAUUAAAUUCGUUAGCAGAAUAGUUCGAUCAAAUCUUUCGGAAGUGCACAAUGCUAUCAUGUUUCGAUUACACAAUCCAAAUUGUUUUGUAUACGAUACAUGCUGCAAAUUCCUUGUCCAUAUUGAACAGUCCUGGGUAUGUGAUAGAAAAUAGUGGAUCAGAAGGUGAGGUGACAAGUCUUUUGUCAUCAAAAUCUUAUGUACCCAAGGAUCGGGACUUGCCAAAGACGCUCGUAAAGAACAUUGAAAAUGACGGAACCUACAUUCUAUCCAAGUUAUCGGAUGAACAGUUAAUAAAAUUGUUAAGCGAACAGCCAACAAAAAAUGAAUAUUAUUUGAGCGAUCUCAUCAAAUUAGCCGUUGGUAAUACAGCCAAAGAGGAAAAAAUGAUUCCUGACAUGGGCAAAAGUAAAGUACACGAUAUAUUGAACAACGGUUUUGAAACGCAACCUAACUUUAAAAACCGAUUUCGGACAAUAGAAAAGCCAACAAUUGGUAAAGGCCAGUCUGCUUAUUUUCGACUAGAAAAUAAAGAAGUUGAUCCAUAUCAUGUAAAGAACGACGCUGACUACGCCGCUUUCCAGAAAAUAAACAACUUGCUAUAUAGCAGACCUCAAGUUGAUGAAUUGAGUGAAGAAGACGAAGAGAAAAAAGAAUUACUUUUCGAUGUUUUAGUGGCACAAUUAAAAUCUCUAUGUUGUAAAAAAUCUAAGAAAAAAAGAAAAAGUAAGAAGCAAUACUUAAACCAAUUUUUACCACGAGCACCUAUGUCAAAAAUUUACGCAGAAGAUUUAAAACCACCCCAGUUACUAAAUGAAUACAUGUUCUUAAUAAUGAACGAAGAAGUUCGGGGUAAUGGUAGUGAUGAACUAAUAUCGGUGGAUCCUGAAAGCCUAGAGAAAAAUAGUAGUGUUUUGUUAUUAGGUCCUAUUACAACGCCUUUAUCCGAUAAUCAGUUAAAGACAGUUAUGACGAGAAUUUCUAAUGAACUAUCGAAGCAAGAAUAUGUUCCCCUUCUACAGCAACUGGCGGAGGGUUCAGUCAGCAGUGGACAUUUAAACGUAUUGAAAAACGUUAUGCACAGUCCUCAAACCAGGCGUUACAUAAAACCCCAUAGAUGUAAUCAUCAGUCUAAACUUGCAAAAGUAUAUGGGGGCCCAAAAUGGAUUAUUUGUACCGGUUAUUUGAACAUUAAUACACCAAGUUUAUACGAUUAGAACAAUUUAUGAAAACGUGUUGUUUUUAAAGUUUUUUAGCUUUAAACAGAUCUUAACUUCAAAAGCGAAGUUCCCAAAAAGCCAUUGCGAUGGAGACUAAUUUUUGAACUGAAGAGUUUUAUUCUACUCUGACAUUGAAUAACAAGAUUAGCCCGAAUUGUAAAAUUUUGUAGCCUAAU